UGGUUGUUGUCAAGGACCGGGAGACUCAGCGAUCCCGGGGUUUUGGCUUCAUCACCUUCACCAAUCCAGAACAUGCCUCAGAUGCCAUGAAAGCCAUGAAUGGAGAGUCCCUGGAUGGUCGGCAGAUCCGGGUGGACCAUGCAGGCAAGUCUGCCCGGGGCACCAGAGGGGGUGCCUUUGGGGCCCAUGGGCGUGGUCGCAGCUACUCUAGAGGUGGUGGGGACCAGGGAUAUGGGAGUGGCCGGUAUGACAGUCGACCUGGAGGUUAUGGAUAUGGAUACGGA